AUGUCGAUCGUUCAGAAGACUUUCAUCCUUUCACUGGCGUCCAUCGCCCUUGCCAUACCCCAGACACAAUGGGAGCGAAGGCAGGCCGACACCACGACGACACCGGCGCCCACCUCAGCCAAUACUUGCGACGUUGGACCUACCAGCUCUGCAGUCGAUUGUCUCAAUAGCUUUCCUUCGCUCGUGCCAAGCUUCUGUGAUGGUUUCGUGCCAGAAGUCACGACCACAGCCACCAUUACGACGAACCCUACAACGACUGUCUACACCACCAUCUUCAGCUCUACCGCAUUCAGUUCGACCAACAUCGUCACGAAUUCCUCGGUGGUGACAGAGACGACCACUGUGACUCAAAACUACACCAUCACGAGCGGCCAGAGCACAAGUUUCAUUCCUGUACAAGCUACAGAGACCAUCACCUCCUACGACUACAUCUGCUCAGGCGAUAUCCCUACUGCCACAGCACAACCGCAGAGGGCCAAGCGCCAGGCUAACCCUACGGCCUCGUGCUCGGCCUACUUGGCCCGCUACAGGAACAACAAUGGCAUCAAUGCGGCCUGUAGCUGCGUGGUCGAUAGCCUGCCGUCCGCGACCACGAUAACUGAGACAGAGAUCGUUCCGACUGGCACUACUGUCACGUUAACUUUGACUCGGAACAAUCGAGGCGUUUUAACCAGCGGCGUCACUACAAGCACGAGCAUCUCCCUGGCGACAGUCACAACGACUAGCAUCGAAUCAAGAAAUGCCACAGUCCCCAACAUCGUCCCGGUACUCACCACAACCGGCACCUCCUACACAACAACAACCCUAACAACCGCCACCCCGAUCCCCACCUCCUUCCGCCUAACCGUCACCCUCGACUCCCAAAACCUCACCGGCCGUGCCAUCGACGUCAACGACGGCCGCGCCCUCGCCUUCUACCCCGACGCCGGCGGCAACGACUUCGCCAUCAACGCCGACUCCGAACUCGUCAACAACAACCUCUUCCUCACCGUCCUGACGGAAGUCGCCCCCAACGACAUCCCCUUCCUCUUCUGGCAGAACCCCGAGCAGGUCCCGCGUGACCAGGACAUCCUCGGCGUGAGCGCGUGCAACGGGACGCUGAGCGCGACGUCCGUGGGGGCUGGGGAGGUGUUCGCGUUGUGUGAGGGGUUGAAUGAGAAUCGGCUGUUGGCGUUGGGGAGCCGGGAGUUGUUUGAGAAUAAUCCGGAGACGUGUGCGGUUGUGGAGGUCAGGCUUGAUCCGGCGUUUGUUGCGGUGCCGUCGAAUUCGACGGUUACGCCGAGGGGGGUCUUGGGGGCGAGGUAUCAUUUGAUGUGA